AUGAAAUAUAAAGAUGAAGUAAUUAUAUUUUUCAGAAAACAAAUACAAGUAAAAAAUCAAGAACGAAUCAAUAUCGAUCGUAAUCGACAAAAUGUUUCUCAACGACUUCAACUGACAAAUAAUGAAUUAAUAAUGACUGAAGAAUCAUUAGUAAAACUUAAUGAAUCUUUAAAAAAUCUUCAAGAAGAAAAGCAAAAACUUGAAACUAAUUUUGAACGUUUGACUACUGAACGAGAUCAAUAUGAAUCUCAAAUGAACCAAGAAAAACAAAUAAUACAACGACUAACACAAGAACUACGAAUCGAAACUAUAAAACAACGUAAAAAUGAACAAAUCGUAACAGAACAAAAAAAGAAAGUGCGUUUAUAUGAAGAGAAUCUUAAAAAGAGUGAAAUUAAAGAAGCAACAGCUCGAAAUGAUCAAAUAAAAGCUAUAAAAGAUCAAAUUCAAGCAGAAACUCAGCUAAAUAAUGCACAAUUAGCACUAGAUGAAGCUGAAAGAGAAUUACAACGCGCAGAAAAUGCCGAAGUAAAAGAUCAGGAUGCAAUCAAUAAAGCUCAUAACAAUUAUCAACGAUGUCAAAAAAACGUCAAUCAAAUGAAAAAUACUUUUGACAACAGUAUACGAGUUCUAGCCAUUCGGGAAAAAAAUUAUGCUGAUGUUCAGGCUUUAGUAAAUUCAAUUCGACAACAAUAUCAAGAAGCCACAGAUAGUUUGACACAAAAAGAAGAACAACUUGCAAAUCAAAAUGAAAAAACUAUUUCAAUAAGAACCAAACUUGAAAAUCAGAAAAUUACUUAUAAUGAAGUUAAAAAUCAUUGGAAUCGAUUAUCAAAAGAAUGUAAACAAGUGAAAAGUCAAAUCAAUGACAAACAUUCAAAAGAAUCUAAAUUGAAAACUGAUAUUGAUAAAAAAACGAAAGAAAUAGAAACAUUAAAAAAAGAUAUUCAAUCAAUGAACGAAUCCAUUGAAAACUUCGGACAAAAAAUUCAAAAAUCUGAUUAUGAUAUUAUUCAAUUAAACGAACAAAUACAUAGUAUAGAAAAACAAUAUCAAACAAAACAAGAUGAAAAUCGACAAAUAGAGAUACAACUAAAUAGCAAAUUUAUUGAACUUCAAAAGAAUGAACAACAAAUUCAACAACAACAAAAUAUGAUUAAUGAACGGAAUAUUAUACUUCAAAGAGCCAAUAAUAACAUAGAAAAUAUUAGAACUAAUAUAGCUAAAAUUACUAGAUCUGUUUUUGAUUUAGAAGAUGAUUUAGCUGAACAACAACAAUUAUUACGUAAUUCACAAAGACAACAAGAAAUAUUGAAUAAAGAACAUAAUAAAAUUCAAGAUGAUUUACUAAUACAACAACGAGAAAAACAACAACAUGAAAAUGAUAUACGUCACUUAUCUCGUCAAAUCAAUCAACAACAAAAUCUUCUAAAUCAAAAACAAGAAAUUCUAACUGAUUUACAAGUACAAGUCAAUCAAAAAAGAUUAGAAUUGAAUACGACUCACGAGAAAUAUAAUUCUCAUAAAGAACAGUUGGAUAAUACUCAAUUAACAUUAAAAAAUAUUGAUCAACAGAUAAAUGGUAUUGAUGCUCGUAAGCGUCAGCUCGAUCAUAAUAUUGAACGAAAGGUUCAUGAAACAAAAACUAUCAAAGAACUUUUUGAUAAAAAGAAAAUCGAAAUAGAUAAUAGGAAAGAAAAUUUAAAGCGAGUAACAAAUAAUUAUGAUGAGAAAAAUAAAGUAUACAAUGCAUUGAACAGAAACAAGAACAAUGUUAUCAUUAAAAUUGAUCAACGUCGAAUAGCUCAAGCCGAUGUAGAUAGAAAACUAGAAGAAAUACAUAAUCAAUUGACAGCAAAACGUAGAAACAUUCGAAGCUUGGCAACUGGUCUUCGUCAAGUGAAUAUGACGAUAAGACAAAAUUUAUCUUAUGAACAGAUAAAUCACGAUGUGGCACAAGAAGUGGUAGAACACAAUAAUUUGAAAAUUCAUAAACUUAAUCAAGAUGAGUGCUCGAUAGAUGAUAAUUUGACUCAAAGGCAAUUCUUACAUAAUAAAUAUUAG